UUAUAAUCUAGAUCACUUUUUAUCAGAACAUUAAAGUUUAUGUGUACUAUCUUGGUGUAGUACUUUGAUGAGAUUUGGAAUUGUGAAACCAUGAUCGUAUUGGCGAUGUCUGGUUCUUUCUGUUUACUUUUACUCAGCAUUUUGGACCUUUCCUGUGCGUCUCAUAAGAAAGGUGCUGCGAUAUCAUGGAACCCAACUUACCAUUGUACAGAUGAAGCCACUUUUACUAACGUUCAUUGGUGGUAUACCUGGAAACACUCACCUGAUCGAAUGCACCUACAACAUCACUGUCCGACAGCUAACGUAAGAGCAGGGUUUGUACCGAUGAUCAAUCCUAAAAAUUUUAAUAGAGACAUUAAUAUAUCUUCCAAUGCAAAAUAUCUUCUUGGUUUUAAUGAGCCUGACCACAAAGGAGGGUCAAAUCUUACAGUAGCACAAGCUGUCGGGAUGUGGAAAGAAGUAGAGAAGAAAGCUGCCGGGAAAAUCUUAGUUAGUCCGGCAGUUACCAAUCUUAACUGGUUGCAACAAUUUUUACAUCAAUGUCAUAAUUGCAGAAUUGACCACGUGGCAGUCCAUGCCUAUAGGUGCGAUGCACAUCAACUUAUGGCAUACCUUAAGGAUGCAUGGAAUAGAUUCCACAAACCAAUAUGGCUGACCGAGUUUGCCUGUCCUCAUACGACAUCAGUUAAUGAACAGCUCCGAUUUAUGAAAGAUGCUUUGCCGCUUUUAGAGGCUGCACCGUAUGUGUUUCGAUACUCAUGGUUCACUAGUAGAUUUAUACACCACAAUGAAGGUACUUGGGUCGAUGCGUCAGCAAGUCUGAUGAAGGAAAACUCUGCAGAACUGUCAGUACUUGGACAUUAUUACAACAACUUCAUGUAAUAAAGAGGUCGUAUAUCUAG